AUGCACACCGCCAUAUUUGUGCAUUUGUGCAUGCCCGUUUUCCUGCGCUGCCUGCAAGGAACACCGUGGAGAGUAGCUGCUUCUAGUCGCUUCAACGCUUUUCUGUGUGGAGGUUCACAGCGGCAGACUUCUCCAACUGUUUCGCCUCGAGGUCUGCGAGUUUCUCGCAACAGAGCGCCUGCAGCGAAUGGCCUGCCGCCACUCCGCCAGCGUACAGCAGUCGACCGACAAGCAGCAGCAGAGGUAGAGGCGCGUGAUGAUGAAUCAGGCGGCGAACGCCUGCAUUUCCUUCGCGGCGAAAUUGGCGCGCAAGCGCUCGAAAGGAGACCCAAGGCACUGUUUUCAGCCUCUCAGAGAAAUCGGAAGAAGCCGACGGAAGAGACGAAGAAGACGAAGGAGUGA